CAUGACCUAUCAGCUGACCAGUGCUCCCUCAGAUGUCCUGUUGCGGCUGUCUGUGUCACUAGGAGAUGACGUCAGAACCUCAUGCUUCCAGUGUAAACAGUGGAGUAGAGUCUGCAAGUGCACAAGAGGCCCUGAGGGAAACGUCAUGUGCAGAAACCCCUGUCUCCCCCUUCAUAACUCCCCGGCCCAGAGGCAGCCUACGUAGAACACCACUGGGCAUGCGGAGAAACUGCAACGCUGGAUUUAAAUCUCCAGUUCAGUCUCCUAGCUCCAGCUCCUCAGGCAGAGGCUCUGAGUACUCUCUGCAGAAGGAAGUCUCAGAGCUGCAGGGAAAGGAGGCUGCUCUAGACCAGGAAAUAGCGCAGCUGGAGUCGGAGGGGUUCAGCAUGGCAGAAUUAGAAGAGCACAUCACCCUUCUUCAUGAGUACAAUGAGUUAAAAGAUGUCGGGCAAAUGCUCUUGGGCAGACUUGCUGUGCUAAGGGGAGUCACCACCAAGGAGCUCUAUGCCGAGUUUGGGAUGAAUUUAGAAGACUGACAGGUGCCAUCAUUCUGUUUCUGCGCCAAAUGUUGUUGAGGUGCCAGGUGCGGUUUUGUGCAGGAGCUGCCCCAGAGGCUUGUGGGACUAUGGAGAGAUGCGGCUGUACAGCUCCACACUGGAACCACCUAGACUUGCUCGUUGCAGAGAAAAGGUUAUUUAUUACGUUCUGCAAAAUGGACUGACAUUGGGAUCUGCAGAGCUUCAGUUUUACCGACACUUAAUAAAAUCUGAUUUUUUUCUGUUCA